CUCUGCUGUCAGGCCCAGCUAGCUGUAAUGCUUGUCCUUAGUGCCUCACUUCCUUGGUUUCUUACAGCAUUUCCUGAGCACAAAUUGAUAAAACAUUGACAUGCUUUGGAAGAGGAAAAAAGGCACAGGAAGCUGAUGUUUAAACUCUCAAUCUUACGGGGCCUAGAAGGAGAAAAGCUCCAAUCUUUUUCUACAAAUUUGAAGCUGUACUCACUUCAGAGUUUUAAGCUGUUAAAUUGUCUCCUGUGAAAGGACAAAGAAGGGAUCCUAACAGUUCUUUGCAUACAUGAUGUGGACUCUGCAAAAGUCAUUGCUACUGCUACGAACUGACUAAACGUCGUAUCAGGAUGUGAGUCUGCAUUGCCUGUUGGCUGAGGCAGAUUCACUGGGAUUUUUUUUUGAAACUGGUGGUUGUUUGCAGACAGCUCUUGUGGUAAAGCAAUUUAAGGCACAGGUUCCUUAAGUCAUCUUGUUCACCCAUGAAGAACAAGGGAGCAAAACAGAAAGGAAAACGGAAGGGAGCGAAGGACACUGCGUUUGGUUGUGACCUAGGUGACUACUUACAAAACUCCGGACAGGAUGUUCCUCAAGUCCUCAAAAGCUGUGCAGAAUUCAUUGAAAAACAUGGAAUUGUAGAUGGGGUCUACAGGCUCUCAGGAAUUACAUCCAAUAUUCAGAGGCUGAGGAGAAAAGUUCCUGCAAAGACAAAGAAAUGGAAAUCCAUAUUUAACCUGGGACGAUCAGGAAAUGAUUCAAAGGGUAAACUAAGCAGAAAUGGCAGUGUGUUUGUGAGAGGACGUCAAUUUUCAGAGAAGGGCAACAUUCGACCUGCUAAAAGCAUGGAAUCCCUUUGCUCUUUGCCAAUAGAUGAUGAUGAAAAAGGGGGUCGAUUUAAACAUGCUGCAACGCUGGGAGGUAACCUUUCCCCAUCACUGAAAUCUUGCACACUUGGCUCAGGAGGUUCUUACGGUCUAGGUAGGAGGCACAGUGAUUGGGAUCAGGAAGACCUCAUUGGUGCUAUUGGAGGACGUGCCAAUGUCGUUAGUGAAGAAACGCCUGACAAGGAGUCAGCACCACUGAGGGCACAGCCAGAGCAGCUGAAGGUUUUUCGUGGAGAUGCUUUCAAUAAGUCAGAACCCACAUCACCAAAGACUAGACGGCUGUUUUAUUCAAACAAUCCCAAUGAUUCUUCAGCAAAAUCUAACUUCCCAGGUAACUUAUUUCCCCCUGAAGCAUCGCCACGACAUCAUAGAAAGCCAAUGGCAUUGAAUAUAUCUGAGCCUUUUUCUGUGUCUGUGCCAUUACACAUCUCAGGAAUUAUCAGCCCCACCACCACAUCCUGUAGACAACCACAAAAUCUAAAAGACUCAGCUCUUCAAGAAUCAACAAAUGGAACAUCUCAAGAUGAAAGCAGUAUUCUACCAGUCACCAAAGACAGAGAAGGAGAUCCUCACAGUGAGCAGUCCAAUUCAGAAAACCAGAAGCCGAAUGAUGACCAGGAAAUUGAGAAGCCCCAAUUGCAGCCUGAGCCACUCACUGAUGAUUACUCAAAUUCAUCGUCACAAGACCAGCCACAACCUUUCCCUACUCUGACAAGUCAACACUCUGAUCCAUUACAGCUCACACCCUCAAUGUCAGUGUCCAGUUCAGCUGUUCCUCCAGACCUCGGUGAGAAAACAACACUGGAUGGAACAUCAGCUGCACUCCUUACAAGGCAACCACAUGAAAAUGGACAUCAAACAGAAUGGAGCUAUGAUAUGGAAGAGCAAGUGGCAACUAUACAGGACACAGAUUCAUCUGCCAAGGCAUUCAUAGAACAACUGUGGCCAGAAACGAAAGAGCUUGAAAUCAGGGAACCUGAGGAGGUCACUGCAGUGAAUAACACUCAAGAAAAGGUGGAGGACAGGCUCAUUCAGCCUCAUGACAAGAGUGAUAUUGAGGACAAGUCCCUGCCUGGCACAACAGUAAAGCCAAAGUUUAAAGGACCUCAAAGAAUACACAGUCUUCCUGAUCUCUUCUUAUCGAGUCCGCCUCCCAUGAUUGAAAACAGCACAGAAGUGUUGUGCCUGAAUGCCACAAAUCACAUAAAUUCCAGUGAAGCAAAUAGCACCAAGAUCUCUGAUCCUAGUUUGGCUCAGCCACAGCUGAGUCCAUCUACUAAACCCUUGAGUGAGUGCUCAAAGACAGAGAUUUCUCAACCAAUAUCAGACGCAAAUAUUUUGAUGGCACCAAUCGAGAGCCCAACCAAAUGGUGCACAGGAGUUUCUAUGGGUUCUUUUAUCUCAAAUUAUCCUGAAUCUAAUCUAGAUCAACAAAAUGAUCCUAACUCAAAUGAAAAGCAUCAAUGUCUGAUUGCCCCCAUUGAAUUAAAGCCUUUGGAGCCUUGUGAUCAGGAUGGAAUCUCUAACAAACUUGAAUCAGAUGCCAAUGUUUCAGGAACAUGCUUAGAAGAUGUCUUCUCCAUCCAAGCAGAACAGGCAACAGUCAAUCUGUCAAACAACGAAUGUGAUCAAAAGGAGCAAUUGGUAGGUAUUCAGUUCAAUCAGACACCUGCAGAAGCACAGACUGAAGCCAGUGAGCUCCUGCAACUGGAAAACUGCAUGGUCAAUGAGACUUUAAAACUGUCUGGCUCCCAUUCACCCCAGCUGGAUCAAGAUGCGCAAGAUGGGAAAGAAUGUUCGACAUUAAUGCCUCCAAUUGAAAUCCCAGGUGAAAGGCAGGAGUCAUUAUUACCUGAUGUUUGUACAGAUAUAAUAGCUCCUAAAGAUCUUUACAAUCAUUCAUCUCAAUCUGCUAACAAAUAUAUUGAGUGGAACAGUCAAAGCCCAGAGUUUUCUUCACAAAUCUGCAAUGGAGAGUCUUUUGAAAAUAGCUCUAAUCUAACCAAUUCUGUACAGUUCCCAAAUGAAGUGGAGGGAAUCUCUAUACAUGACCAGCUGCAUGUUUCACUAACUGAAGACAAUUCAUUAUCAUCAAAUGAAUCAGACAGUUUAUGCAUUAUAAAUGCAGGGGUGACACCAUGUUUGAAGCCAACAGAAUCUGAACCCUUAAGGAUAACAUCUGAUAGAAGUGAGGAGUGCUGCUUGAAGUCUAAUGAUGAGGCCUCAUUACUUGUCUUAUACCCCAUGGUUAAUGAUAAGCCUCCUAUCUCUGAUGGUUGUACUAUUCAGUCAAUCCCAAUUGGUGUCACUGCUGUUCGAAUGACUUACAUGAUAAAGACAUGUCAAGUCAAAGCCAUUCCGGUUAUUCCACCAAAACUCCAGUUCACCCAGAUCCCCCAACCUUUGGCAAAAAAGAAUCUCUCUUCCCCUGCACUCCCUUUGGAUAAAGUGUUAACAAUUUUGCAACCCAUUACAGCACGUGAACGGAGCAGUCCUGAAAGCAAACGUAGAUUGGAUUUUUCUUUAAUAAAUUCUUCAGCAGCAGAAUGUAAAGAUGGGAAAGAAAAUGGCCUAUCUGGACAUGAAGGUUCUACCACUUCACCAGAUACCUCACUUAUGCAGUCCAAAACCACCGAAGCAACACCAAUUGGGAAAAGAACCUGCCAGUCAAAUGGGGAAGAUGUAUUCAACAAUCCAACAUCUUCUAGAAUGGAAAGAUCUCCAGUUCAGCAAAAACCUGGGUUUCUGCGGCAUGCACAGCACAGAUCAAAGGCAGGUCGGCCUCAAAGCCUCAUCCUAUUCAGUCCACCCUGGCCUAACAUGGAACGUCCUUCUCCACUAGACACCAACAAGGUGCUUCUUAGUCCAGUGCAGUCCAGCCCUGAACAACUUUCACCAUUAGAAUUGGAUCACUCAGCCCCUGACAGCUACAUGCAUGAACUUAAUGACAGUCAGAAGGGACCAGAUGGUGUUACACUCCGAAGCCGAAUGAGCAUGCCAAAAAAUGGGCAGAGGUUGGAGACCUCAACAAGUUGUUUUUACCAGCCUCAAAGGCGGUCCAUGAUAUUUGAAAAUAGAGGGGGCAGGCAAAUUGAAUGACCCCCUUUCGCUGAUUCUACAAACUUCAGACUGGCAAAUACACAAGAUUUACUUGUUAUGACAUUUUUCAAUCACAAUCUAAAUGUAUUCUACCAUCUACUGCUCAAAUGUCUGUGAAAGUUUGAAAAUAUGCAUUAGAACAAGCACAAAACAUAAGAUGUGAUGUAGCUGGAUUUGUACAAGGUGAGAGCUACAGGUUAUUUGGAUUAGGUCUUUCAUAAACAAAAUGCACAAACCUGAGUCUAGCGCUGGAUUACAACACAACUUAACCAUGUAUGAGUUAAAAUGAAUCAGGAUAAAUCCAAAAUAUACAAAGUAAUGACCAAACAGUUCUUUAAAAGUACAUUUCAUAUACCUACUCUAAACUAAAUCUGUGCAACAAAUGUGAGGAUGAGGUAAUUACUGUCAAACUGUACAGUACUCAUCUUGCUAACAGCUCAUUUCUCAUUUCAGUAGAAUGGGUGCCCUUGCCUGAUUUGCUACAAGGGAUGCAUUACUGUAAUAUUUAUUGGAAUUUGUAGUGAAUCUCAUAUGAGGAUAAGUGGAGACAUUUUACCAUGAAUGUUACGAGCAUGGAAUUGUGCAUCAUUGGUGUUUUAACACACUUAAUGAUUGACUUCAUCAACAUCCUGUUUUGUUUAUUGCUUACUUUACCUGUUGAUCUAUUACACUUUGUAACAGAGCAACUUCAGUUCAAAUUAUUGUACUUUUCAAAUUUAUACUGAUCUAUUAUACCUCAUAGAAAAGAAAGCUAUGGAGAAUUGUGUCACUCAUUUUUUGGCUAAAGCAGAUAAUCUACAAAAGAUAUACUACUGUUUUAUUUAUCUAGAUUCAGCCAUCUCAGAGGAUAGACAAUAUCAGUGUUUUUCUGUAAAUGCUUCAACAUCUCAGUUUCAAUGUUUAUGUCUCUCUCAUGUAUUGAAAUUAUUUCUAUAUUGUCAAAUAUUAAAUGUAAGUAUGUUUUCCAAUUCUGAGAAUUAAAAUGUUUUAAUAACAA